AGACCAUAACAGUGUUCGCGUGCAGUGUAAAAUUCGAAUUCGUGUAUUAGUUAAUUAGUGAAUAGAUUGGAACUUCAACGUAUCCCGGAUAGUGACAAAUAAUUUUUCUAUAGGUUCGGACGGUAAAGUGAAGAAGUAAAGCGUCGUUCGUUUAUGGUGUACAGAUCGUUGUAAUAACUAUUGAAGUUCUAAGAUUAAUUUUUGUCAUACAUCCCGGAUUAAAUAUAUCUAUUAUAUAGGUGUGUUUUUGUGCGUUUGCUGGUAAAUCAAAACAAAAGCUAGCCAUCAUGUCGAGUGAUGAAUCUACAGCUACUCAAUUCUCCGUGGCGAGCCAAGCCACAAGUGGUCGAAAACCAAAGGUCCCUCCUCCCGAUCAAUGGGAAAUAAAUUUAAUUGGAAACUUUCUAUUAACGCUCUAUCAUCGUUUGGAAUUAACACCGGAUAGAGAAUGGAUGUGCAAGAAAUCCGAUAUGAGAAAUCAAUUUCGACAAUUUGUAACACCAGAUCUAUUGAAACGUCUGCAAAGCGUCAGCGGUUCCGAUAAUAUUGGUACAUUGCUUCAACGUUGUCGCUUUCUCAUCAAUACCCCAAGAAAAAGUUCAUUAUAUAAAAUUAAUAUUGGGUCUUUGUUCGAGUUUCGAAAUAGAAAAUUGUGUGAGCAAGAUAAACGACGUAUUAACGAUGAUGAAGAUCUGACCGCAAUUACUGGUCCCGAGGAUAUACUAAAAAAUUUAGUAGAGACUAAAAAUGCACCAUCUUUGCAAGUGACUUAUGAAGUCGAUGAAAAUUCACCCGUACAUGCAUUGCAAUAUGAGGGCACCGUAAUGCAAGAACGUCGCAAAAAUUAUUUUCCCACCAAUAUGAGCUGUUUCAUAUGCCAGGAGGAUUUCUCCACAAUGGUUGCCUAUGAGGAGCACAUACAAAUACACAAUGAUGAAAGUGAUUUUAAAUAUUUAAAGCAGUUGUCAAAAUUCCAAUCGCCAGUAUUCACUAUAGACUACCAGUUAUGUAAAAAUUCCCAUAAUUUUUGUUUCAAUCUAAAAACAAUUACCGAAGAUUUAAUAAUUGAACGGAUUAUUAUUGUCCAGUCUCGUUCAAUGUUUUAUGUUCACAACAUGCGUGUGCCGUAUGCGAUGCCAGAAAGCAACUGUGAUCGAUUCUAUGUUGAUUCACAUUUGUUCACCAUGUUUGUGGAACAACCCAUUGUAAUAGUAUGCCAUUUGGAGAGCAACAAAAAUAUACGCAUUAUUGAAGAACAUCAUUUCAUGCGGAUUUCUGAAUAUCCAAGAGUUAAUUUUCCAAUAAAACCAUAUCAAUUGCCAUCGAAUAAAACAUUCAAACCUUUGAUUAGUGUACCCGAUUACUUCCCGCCCAUGGAAAUUCGUGAUGCCAUCAAAGAUGAUUUUAUUUAUGAAAAACUUAUGAAAACAUCCAAUGAAUUUCGUGAAUAUGUCCGAAAUGAAAAAAUCUUACAGCCACAAACAAUUGGCCAGACGUUAACCACUCUAUUGCAUAUUGAGGAUAUGGACACCAUAAAGGAAUAUUUGGAUUUAAUGCAACAAAAUGUUUCUCUACGAGGUUUCGAUCAUAACUAUAAUAUAAAGUUACGUUCCAAACAGCGUAUACACAUUGAAAAUCUUUUAUCAGUUUUUGAUGAUGUCAUCAUUACCACACGCAAAGAUAUAAAACCCGGUUCAGAUAUUCUGCUCAAACUUAUACUACAGAAUAAAGACGACAUAAAUCCCUGCGACACCUAUCUGGGUCACAUUGAAGAUGUUAGCUCGGGUCGCGUUACGUUUCGUUGCUAUAAAAAAUUGGAUUUAAAACGUAGCUAUACGAUUAUAUUUCGUCCAUCACGUACGUUACUACGUUAUCAGUAUAGGGCAAUGGAAUUAUUACCAGUGGUAAUACCACAUCUAAGUAAAUUCUUAUUUCCCACAAGACUAUUGCCAAAGGAACCGUCAACAAUAAGUUUACGAUUUUACAAUAAGUCCAUUGUAAACAAUCCCGAGCAAAUGCAAGCAGUUCGUAAUAUUGCCGAAGGACCCAGAAAUGAUGCAACUUAUAUUAUUUUCGGCCCACCGGGUACGGGCAAAACCACCACAUUGGUCGAAUCGAUUCUACAGGUGUUACAAAGAGAGAAUACCAAAAUUUUGGUAACAGCCUCAUCGAAUAGUGCCUGCGAUGAAGUGGCAUUACGUUUAUGUCAAACCUUAUCCCACAUGGAUAUGUCACGGGCCAUUGUUCGAAUUUAUGCCCAAACAUCGGAGGCACGCUUGGAGAAUUUCGACGACUUAUUGCUGGAACAUUCCAAUUUGUAUAAAAAUGUACACUUCUAUCCGGACAUUGAGGUGUUGCAUGAAUACCGCAUUGUUGUCUGCACCAUGUCGGUGGUGGCCAAAUUGGCAACGGGUAAAUUUGGUCGUACCACAAGUGGCGGCACUCUAUAUACGCAUUUAUUUAUUGAUGAGGUGGCAGCUGCCACAGAAGUCGAAACUCUCAUGCCCAUUACAUCGGUUCUAACACCGAAGGCAUGUUUGAUUAUUGCCGGCGAUCACAAGCAAUUGGGACCGAUUGUUAAAUCGAAACGAGCUGAGGAAUUCAAUUUGGGUGUAUCGCUAAUGGAUCGUCUGUUGAAACGUGAAUGUUAUAGUGUCAACACUGACACAGGUGAUUACGAUCGUUCAAUACAGACUCGUUUACGUAUGAAUUUUCGUUCACAUCCAGCUAUUGUUAAUCUGUAUAGUGGAAUGUACUACAAUCAUGCUUUAGAGGCAAAGGCAAAUAUAGAUGAUGUCUCAUUGGUAAAAGAUUGGCAUUUGUCGCCCAACAAAGAGUUCCCCAUUAUCUUUCAUUAUGUUAAUGGUAACUCGUGUUCGGAUUUCCAGUCGUACAGCUUACAUAAUUCGGACGAAAUAAAUGUUGUAAUGCACUACGUCAAGGAUUUAAUGUAUUUCGGCGUUAAAGGUAAACCUGUGAAGCAGAGUGAUAUUGGCAUAAUAUCGCCAUAUAAGAAACAAUAUCUGCGCAUACGUGAAGAACUAAACCAGCGACGGUGGUAUGAAAUUGAAACGGGAUCUGUGGAGAAUUUCCAAGGCAAGGAGAAAUCGAUUAUUAUCGUUUCGUUUGUACGUUCAAACACAUCAACACUGGGUUUCUUGGAUAGUCCAAGGCGUUUAAAUGUUACAUUAUCUCGGGCCAAAUCGCUGCUUAUACUUAUUGGUAAUGCCCGAACAUUAUCAAUGAAUCCCGAUUUCGAUUACAUUAUUAAGGAAUGUCAACGUCAUCAAACAUUUGUUGCUGAACUGGACCAUCGUGUGCCCACUUCAGCAGCGUAUAAAUAUGGCGAAACUACCACAACUACACCCACAUCAUCAACGAAACCUAUUAAUAAAAGCAAAGAUGAAAAGAAGCCAAUGAAAAAUUUCGAAAAAGUCAGCAGUGCAUCUACAUUGGAUCUUCUUAAUGAUACACUUAAAGAAUUGAAAUUGAAAAACCAAAAUGAAAAUGCAAAGAAACCGGCACGAAAAAUACGAGCCAGAUAUCAGAGUCGUGCAGCCAAAAAGCGAAACUCUGCAGCAAGAAAGAAUAAUGAAAAUAUUACGAAUGAGGAGGAUAAUGACGACGAUGACGAUGAUGAUGUAGAUGCUGAAAGUGAUAGUGAAGCCGAUAAUAAGCACAAUGAUGUUGGCGUUGAUAGCGACGACAGUGAUGAAAGCGACAGUGAGGACAAUGAACCAUCAACAUCAAAAGCUGCUGGCAAAGCUAAACUAUCUCGUUCAAUGAAAAAGAAACAACAGAAAUCCACAAAUGAUGGCAAAACAACUACAAACAAUGAUUUGGAUGCAUUCUUUAGUGAGUUACCAAGUGUACCCAAAUCUAAAAUGACGCCAGCCUCUACUCCGAAGUCGAACACUGCAGGCGAUAAUGAUAACAGAAAUGAGCCAACCCCAACUCCAAUUGCUGUUGCUAAUCCACAAAAUCCACAUUAUAAUAACGGCAUGAACGUGCAAUUCCAGCCGCAAACAUUCAAUCAAUUACAAGGAAUGCAACAUCAAAUGCCAGGAACAUAUAUUCCCCCAAAUCAAAAUUACAACAAUAAUUUCCAACAAAAUGGUUUAAUGUUCAUGCAGACAACACCACGGCAUCCACAAUAUCCGCCAUCAUAUUUCCAGGCUGGUCUAAUUGGAAUGCCACAAAAUCCUGGAAUAAGACCCCAGAUACCAUCCACGCCAUUUACACAGCGAAACCUAGUCCAAAAUCCCCAUCAACAACUUUAUGUAAACAACAUUAUGCCCGGUUUCAAUCCAAUGGUGAUGCAACAACAACAACAACCACAACAACAUGGAAACAAUACUUCAUUCGGUAAUCAGCCAUCGACUAAGGCAGACGAUGUAAAUAAUAUACCACCAUUAGGAAAAAAUGCUUCACGCGCUGGUGGUCGUCAAAAGAAAAAGAAAAACGAAAAGGCCAAUAAUAAUGCAAAUGCUGAAGAUGCAAAUGAAAAGAACAAUCAAAAAGACAAAAAGAAUGAUGAAGCCAAACCGCACUUGGGCCAAACCAUGAAGAAAAAAAACCCACAUCAAAAUGUCCCAAAAGCUUCCAAGCCACUGAAGACGGUUGUUCUAACAAAAGACGGCAGCAAUACAGUGGAGAUAAAAGAACAUAAUUCUAACAUGAAUGCAACUAAAAAGAAAAAUGCUACUAGCGAUGCUACAACUGCAAAGGGAUCAGCAAAUCAGAUAACAACCGGCAAGAACAAUGUGGUGGAAAGGGCCCAAGCAUCAGCCAAAUCGUCCAAUAAAGACACUUCUAAAGACAAAAAGGAGGAGGCAGCCUCAAAGGUAAAUAAAAAACAGAUGAACGUUUCCUUAAAUGUCCAGAAUACGAACAUAAAGUCAUCAGCCGAAGAACCAAAUCGUCCGAUGCCAAAGAAAACAUUUACAUCUGAAAAUGAUGCACCUCAAAAUCUGUCGUCUUUGCAAGCGCAAAAAAUGUUGGAAGACUUGAUGAAAGUGGAUCGUGUUACAGAAAAUUCACAUAAACAAAAUCAGAAGGCACAGCCAAAACCGGUUGCCAAUAUAAAACCAGUUGCUUCUAUACGACAGGAUUCAAUUUCAAAUAAACCAACAUCUUCUGUUAGUGUUGGUCAAAGAAAUGCAACAAGAACUUUGGGCGCCACUUUCAAUGAAGCCACUCUUAAUGAGGGUUACACUGGUACAUUAGGAUCAAAUGUAGGAAACAAUAUUACGGAUAACCGCUCAUCUGUAGUAAAUAACAGCAACAACAACAAUGUUGUAAAAUCACAAACUGGUGCAAUGGGAAAUUCGAGCUAUAACAGGGGCGCUGUAAAUCCUUUAGCUUCAAGAAUGGAUGACAAGAAUUCAGUAACUUCACAAAGUUCAAUCAAUUCAAUUGCUAAUCGCCCAUCAUCUAGCGUCGUAAAUUCUUUAUCCUCAAGUUCGGCUAUCAAUAGUACACCAACGGCACAACAAACAACCAAUCCCUUUACUAAUUACACAUCGUCAAGAACUAACAAUGUAGCUGGUGGAACUUCAGCCUAUACAAGUGAUGUCCUUCAUCGUCCAGCAGCAAGAACGAGUUUGUAUGCCUCUAACAGCACCGGCUCUGCACUGUCUCAGGAAAGGCCGAAUUCGUAUGAACAACCAAACCGUCCGGUUAGAGAUUUGAACUUUGACAAAAAGCCCAAAAAUCCAAAAAAUGAUAAUUGUGUCAUUGCCUAGGUAACAGCUGCGCUCAAAAUAAUUUUUAUUACUUUAAUGGAAGUGGGUGAUUAUUGUGUCACACCAUAUUCUUCGACAUGAAAUCUAGAAUUUAAAGCCACUUGAAAAGUUUCUCCAUGGCUUUGCCAUAAUUAUUUUGAGCGAAGACUUUAGUUUGAUGUUACUUUGCGAUUGUAAAGUAAAUUAUCGAAAUAAGUUGAUAUUGGGUUGUUGGUGGGGACCCUACUCAUUUUUCUUGGUUAUUAUUUAAAGUUUUAAUUAUUUUGGAAAUCUUUAUGGAAUUCUACAUAUAGAACCGUAAAUAGAUUUUGAAUAAUUGAAACAAAUAAUAACCAUUGAAAAUACAAACCGAAAAAGUAGAAUAGUAAAGGGAAACGACGCACGACUAGGAGUUGAAGUGAAGAGACAGUAUUUUAGCGGUAUAAUUAACAUGUAUAAUUAACAUGUUUACAUUUAACAAAAGUGUGUCUCGUUCGUUGUUCACAGGCAACAUUUGCUUGGGAACCUCUCAAAAUAUCCGGUAUAUAGUAAGUUAUACUAUAACGAUCGCCAUAACAUAAGAAGCACAGUGGACCUAAGGCCUGCACAAAUGUUACAGGCUUUACAUUAUGGACCUACUACAGCAAACUAUGCCUACGUUUUUAAAUAUCCCACAAUUUCCUCUAAAUCCUUACUAAUCCAUGUUUAAUUUUGAUAAAUUAAGGGGUUCAAAACAAUUAAAGAACAAGGAAAAUAACAUUAACAAAAAAAAAAAAAAAAAAAAAACAAAAACCCUAGUUCAUGACCCAAAACAUAGAGAGGAUAAAUAGUCUGUUGUGGUAGUUGUACAUUGCUCAUAUGACUUAGAUUAUGACGCAAAAUUAAUCAAAGUUAUUUGGAAGCUUUGGAAAUCUUAAAACACUAAAAAUAUCCAAUUUUCAAUCUAGCAAUCAUUUUUUGAGGUUAGUUCUGAAAGAGGUAGUCUAUUGUAGUUAUGUGUCAUACGCCUAAUGUCGGUGGCAUGACGUCGGAGACAAUAUAAAAGAAAGCUUACGAGCUACGGAAAUCAUUAAAAAACAACUCCUAGUCCUAUGAAGUUUUUAUGUUAAUUUUCACAAAAAAAAAAUAUUUGAGGUUAGUUUUGAUAAGAUAAGCUGUUGUAAUAAUUGUGCAUUGCCGAUUGCACAUGGGACAAAUUCAGCUUAGUUUUAUCCAAAACUUUUGUCAGUGUUAUUUCUGGGUAGACUUUAACCAAAUACAAAACAAACACACAAAUAUGAAAUUUUGGCGGAUUUCGUGUUCGUGCAGUCAAUUCCAACAAAGUCUACACCUCCUUUGGUUUGGAUACCGAGAGCAAGCGCAAAAAAUUAAGAUGCAUUUUUUUCUAUCCCGUAUUUAUCUUCGCGGAGUUUGUGACUCCUGCGCAAAAAUACAAUAUUCCAUUUUUCCCCUUAUAAAAACGCCUUUGGUUUUACUCUCGACCUUGCAAGCCAAACACUUGCAGUUUUGCAAUUUAUCUUCGAUGGCAAGGUUUUUUUCAUACUUCAAUUGCAUGCAAACUUAUAGUUGCAGCGAUAACGAGUUGGAUGAGAUUAAAUAUAAAAAACGAAUAAAAUUCAACUACGUAGUUACCCUGGCGAUUCAUCAGGAAAUGAAAAGUACUGGAAAGCUUUUCAGUUUCCUCUAAACAUGGAUGCAAGUCAUAUGAGUGUUGGACGUAGAACUAGAAUUUUCCAAUGGCUGGGCAAAACUAAUCGCUUUCUAAAGCAAUUUUAAAAAAAUUGAAUAUUUAAUCUAUGUUAAAAUUAUUCUGCGGUUUCAGUGUUUAAAUGGUAGGUGGUUAAUGCACAUUAAUUCACAUGUCCGUAUAGAAAAACUCAGCCCUUCUAAGGUGUAAAUAUAUCUCCACCCUAUAACCUUUAAUAGGUUAUAUCUAAAAUCAAGUUUGAAAACUGUGUUCUAAACACUGUUUUUUAAUUCAGUAUUCGGUUUUUAACAUGAAAUGACAAAAAAAAAAAAUGACAGCGAAACUUAGAAACUUAAAGCUACCAUUGUAAUUUAAAAAGAAUCGACAGCGGAGACAUAAAUUUACGAAAUACUGCAACGUAAUUGCAUUCGACUACAUUAGAUGCCCAAAGGCGUAUGGUUUUGGGACUUUUAAGAAACUUAAAUAUAUUUUCUAUUAUAUAUCUAUAUAAUCGACAGCAGUGACAGAUAAAUCUACGAAAUACCGCAAUGUAAUUGCAUUCGACUACAUUAGAAGCCCAAAGGCGUAUGGUUUUGAGACAUUUAAGAAACUUAAAAAUAUUUUUUUUUGAAAUAUAUGUAAUGAAAAUGAAAUAAAUUAAAAAUAUAUAUGUUUAUUUAAUCAAAAAUAUCCCCUAUCUAUAUGUUUACGAAUUUGAAAUAUUAAUAAAUGAAAUAAAUUAAAAAUAUACAUGCUUAUUUAAUCAAAAAUAUCCCCUAUCUAUAUGUUUACGUAUUUGAAAUGUUAAUAAAUGCUUUAAAUCAA